AUGAAAAAGAAACAUUCUCCUGCAUUAACAACAGCUCACAAAGAUUUACGAUUGACUUGGGCCAAAGAUCAUAUGACAUGGAAUAACGAGUGGAACAAAGUCAUCUGGUCGGAUAAAAAGAAGUUUAAUUUCGACGGUCCUGAUGGUUUUUCGUACUAUUGGCAUGAUCUUCGUAAAGAAGGAGAGAUUUUUUCGACUCGUGUUCAAGGUGGUGGUAGUGUCAUGAUUUGGGCGUCGUUUGGCUGGGGUGGUAAGAGCUCAAUCUGUUUUAUAGAUGGACGGAUGAAUUCGAAUGGAUAUCGUAAGGUGCUCAAAAAACACCUACUCAACAUCACUGAUAGUUUGGGCGGAUCUGAAUGGGUCUUCCAGCAGGAUAAUGCUCCUGUCCAUCGAGCGAAGGUCAAUCUGGCUUGGUUCAAGUCGCAAAAAAUUAACGUUUAGCCGUGACCAUCAUUAUCUCCAGACUUGAAUCCAAUAGAAAACCUGUGGGGCAUGCUAUCAAGGAAGGUUUAUUCAGAAGGGAAGCAAUUUAGAACGAAA